AUGCCUUCUAUGCUAUCUCGACCUGAACUUUCUAGACGGCCUCGUAAGCUCUACAAUCAGAGCUCGAUGAAGAACUCGAGCGGAAAGCUUUCGCAAGGAUCACCUGCACUCUCAACUCGUAGUAGCGGCAGUGCUGCCAUGCACAGCAACAGUAGUUCUGGUGGAUCCAGUCCGAAGCGAUCUUCGUACUACUAUCUUGAUUCUUCUACCAUCCCACUCUCGAUUGAAUCGACACAAAUCCCUCGUGUGGAAUCCGAAACCAGUGAAUCAUGGGGACACUUUGUCGACAUGUAA